CAUAUGAAGCUUUUUAUGCCGUGCCUUUGCUACUCCAAAGUGUACUGUGGAAUUUGUAGUUUGAGGGUAUGCUCGUGAAGUCGGAUUAAUGUACCGUGAAAACUACAUUCCUAAGAGAACACUCUGUCAUGUGGGCUGUCGCACAAAUUGCAUGACAGGUAUAACACCAUCAUAGUAGGUACAUACAGUUGUAGCCAACUCCGGUCCCACGAACUAUCAUUCUUGAAGACGGCGUUUAAGGACACCAUGGGAGACGGCAGAUGCAGUAACGGUGUCCAGCAUCAGGGCACGACAGAUGCCCAGCUGUUCGACAGACAGUUUAAGGAGCUGGUGUCCGAGCUUACAGAGGAUGACAUGACCGAUCCUGUCCUCUCUGAUGCACUCAGUAGACUCAGAGAGGUGCUGCUCUAUAAUGCGCCCGGAGGCAAACGGAACCGAGGCCUCUCUGUGAUUGGCUCUUUGCGAGAACUGGUCCCUCCAGCCAAACUGAGCACUGAUGAUGUGCAGCGUGCAGUGUUGGUUGGGUGGUGUCUUGAACUGCUCCAGGCUUUCUUCCUGGUGGCAGAUGACAUUAUGGACGCUUCACUGACCCGCAGAGGACAGCCUUGUUGGUAUAAAAGGGAGGGAAUUGGUCUGGACGCCAUCAAUGACGCUUUCCUCCUUGAGGGGGCUAUCUAUCGCAUUCUGCGCAGGCACUGCAGGCGGCAGCCCUACUACGUCCACUUGCUAGAGCUCUUCACAGAGACCUCCUUUCAGACAGAACUAGGACAGGCGUUGGACUUGAUGACGGCUCCUCCUCAUAAAGUCGACCUGAACCGCUUCAGUAUGGAGAGGUAUAAAGCUAUUGUGAAGUACAAGACUGCAUUCUACUCCUUCUACCUCCCUGUGGCUGCUGCUAUGUACAUGGCUGGCAUUGAAAAUGAAGUUGAACACAACAAUGCUAAGCAUAUCCUACUGGAAAUGGGAGAGUUCUUUCAGAUCCAGGAUGACUAUCUGGAUUGCUAUGGCGACCCUGCAGUGACAGGAAAGAUUGGCACUGACAUCCAGGACAACAAAUGCAGCUGGCUGGUGGUGACGGCUCUGGGGAUCAUGACCCCAGAACAGAGGAAAGAGCUGGAGGUGUGUUAUGGACGCAGCGAGGCAGUGAGCGUGGAGAGGGUGAAGGCGCUGUACGACACCCUGGAGAUGCCCAUGCGGUACCACCAGUACGAGGAGCAGAGCUACCAGCGGCUACUGAAGCUCAUCGAGUGCCAUGCCCAAAACCUGCCCCAUGCAGUCUUCCUCAACUUCGCCAAGAAAAUCUACAAGAGGAACAAGUGAAGAGAGCUCUGGUAGACUUAGCUUGGAGUUUGGAGGGCUGCUGAUGUAGGUGUUGGUGAAAGACAUACAUACUGUAGAUGAAAGGCCUGUUUGUUGACCCACAUGUCAGUACUCUUAUAUGUCUGUAUUCAUAUUUACUACCCAUGACAGAAUGGGGUAGUGUUGUUGGGUUUUUUUUGUUUGUUUGUUUGUUUUUUUAGUAUAGGCCAAGGCUACUAUCAGUCCCAACCAGACAUACAGUAUCAUGGGUCCUAUGGAAUCCAUGGGACCUGUGAGCUUGUUAGAGGAAGAAUGAUGCAAUGAAUUUUGCAGCAAUAUCACUCUGAAACAUGUUAUUUCAAGAACUUGUGUGAACGUACAACAACUAUUUGCAUUUUUCUGUUUCAUAUCUGGAUUUUAUGAAAGGAAAAUCUUGAGUUUUUCAAGUUACUUUAUAUAUCUGUCAAUGGGGAAAUUGUACUGUAUUUUAGUGGAGCUAAUUUAAUGUCUUUUGUAAAAAUAGAUAAAUAAAGUAAAAACAAAUGAAAUUAUGAAUUGGCAACAAGAGACCACAGGCUACUGAAGACUCAAAUGGCAUGUGUGUGAUUGUCAUCCUAUUCUGUAAAAACUGCUGUAAAUCAUAGAUGCUGCUUUUAAUAAAGAAACUGAAUUUUG